AUGACCUUCAGAAUAUUAGGGAUGCACCUUCCUCUUUCCCUGGACCUCCGGGUUCCCAGACCCACUCAAAAUCUCACGUGUAUCUUCGCACAAACCCUGGCCACUCUUACUCUCACCGCCCUGGAGCGUCGACUCGGCGCAACACCAGAACCUCCGCACACCCACUUUGGACGCGCACACAGGACAGGCCGUCCCGAAUCGCAGCCGGAGCUUCUCCGACAAUCAGCCAUUCUCACUCAGCACCGCCCAUCGCAUUAG